UGAGGCGGGGCUUCGAUGGCUGGGAGCGCUUGACAGAGCAGGACAAGGGUUGCCGUGGCAACUGGACCCUAACGUAACGUUUUUUUUAAGAACCCCCCACAGGUAACUGCUGCUGUCGCCCCUUGAAGGUAACAACGAGGGCGCCUGAAUGGAAGGAAAUGCUCGUUAUUGUUUGCCGGUAAACACGAGUUAAACAAGUUGGAAUUGUAUUAUUUCCAUAGAAGAUGGAGUUUGAGACGACGGAGACUGUGCGCUCCACACCGAGUCGACACGAGAAAAGUUUGGGGCUCCUCACAAUGAAGUUCGUCAGCCUGCUACAAGAAGCUAAGGAUGGCGUCCUGGAUUUAAAAGUGGCUGCAGACAGCUUGGCAGUAAAACAGAAGAGGAGGAUAUAUGACAUCACUAAUGUACUGGAAGGUGUGGGGCUGAUUGAGAAGAAAAACAAGAAUAUUAUCCAGUGGAGGGGUGAGAACACGGGCAGCCAAACUCAAGAGAUGCUGGAGCAGGUAAAGGAUCUGAAGACUCAAAUCUCUGAGCUGGAGGCCCAAGAGAAAGAGCUGGACAACCAGAAGGCCUGGCUGGAGGAGAACAUCAAACAUCUGAACCGUGAUCCCAACACCUGCACUUACAGAUUUGUGACACAUGAAGAUAUCUGCGGGGCCUUCAGUGGAGAAACUCUUCUUGCUGUUUUGGCUCCUGCUGGGACACAACUGGAGGUGCCACUACCAGAAAUGGGUCAGAGUGGUCAGAAGAAGUACCAGGUGAACCUACGCAGCCACUCGGCUCCCAUCCAGGUCCUGCUCAUCAACAGAGAUUCAGACUGCACAGUACCCGUGGUCGUCCCGGUGCCGCCCACUGACGACAUCUGUCCAGUGCUGACUCCGCCCAACACCCCCGCCAGCCUGCAGAGGUUCCCCCUCUCAGUGUCGCUGAACUCCACCUCCAACACCACCAGCUCCUCCUACUGCAGCCAGGACUCCCUGUGCUCCAACCACCAGAUGGUGCUGCCACAACAUAAUGAAAUGCUGACGCCCUCAUCCACCCCUGCUGAUGAGCAGAUGGAGAGUCAUCCAGUGGCAUCGCUGGAGCAUCACAUGGACCUUGUGGACCCAGAGUUUCAGUCGGUGCUGGACGUGAGCAGCCUGCUGAAGCUCCACACUGCUGGAGACCACAUGAAGGACGACAGAGAAGGAACUGUCGAUCUGAUUGAUGAGCUCAUGUCUGCUGAUGGCAUCGAUUACAGCUUCAACCUGGACGACAACGAGGGAGUGUGCGACCUGUUUGACGUGCAGAUCCUCAACUACUGAUCGCCAACCCUCUAGCUUUUCUGUCCAUGUCCCGUGCACAUCAGCCUCGCCACUACAAGAGUACAAGACUGUUUCACUCUUUUGCUGCACCGCCUGUGUGUCCUCAGCCAACAACGAAACAAAGUGAUGGAUUAACCUUACGAGGUCUACAAAGCCAGCAGUCAUUAUUCUCUCCAUUAGAUCUUACAUGGUUUAGUGGGUGUUUGGUCCAACCAUUCCUCAGUAAUGAGUGCCUUACUGGAACAAAGUCAGGACACAUCCUUCAGUAUCCGACUGCUUCUUUUUGUUUUAUUUCCACCUGAAACUUGAAGACUGUAAACACAUGUUUGUUUGUCAACAUAAUCACUAUUUAAGUUUUCCUUGUGUUCAGUGUUGGCUUUUUUUCGAUACAGGGUUGAAGGUCUAGUUCAGAGUUAUGACCAUAUUGUGUAAAAACAGAUUUCAUAGUUAUGGUCUGUUGUAUUUAAUGAACAAAAUGUUUAGGUUACGUUUUGUAGCCUUGUUUUCACGUUUUAAAAAAACCUGUUUAUUUUCUACUGUGAAACUGCCAUUUUUAGGCCUUUUUUUGUUUUUGUCCUUUGAGGAAUUGAGGACAAGGCAAAUCUUUGUCUUGUCUGUUGAAGCUGUUUGACCGCUGUAUUGUAAUUUAGAAAGUGAAUUAUCCAUAUUUCUUAUCUGAAAUAAUAAAUAUCAAGAGCCUUAAUUGG